AUGGUUCCAAUUAUAAUGUUUCAAUUGGCUUCAUCGGUUGUCGUAGCAUGUAUAUUUCAAUUCUCAGCACUACAUUGUCAAGGUCCAUUCGAGACCUUCGUCAAAGUACAGCCAAGUGCUUUAACCGUUGCACUAACAGUUUAUUUUGUGUUUAUUUUGACAGAAGCCCAACUUUUAAAGAAUCUUUUCAAGAAAUACAAUUCAAAAAUGAGACCUGUCUUUAACGAAAACACUCCAGUCUAUGUCACUGUGGACUAUAUUCUCUACUCUAUCAAGUCCAUCAAAUGGGUUGAUGAAUUUUUGACAUGGAAUAAGAGUGACUACGGUAACAAGACGUCAAUUGUGUUAAAAGCUGGUGACGUCUGGAAGCCUGAGAUCUCUGUCAGGAAUGGACCAGCUACUCAGCAACGGAAUGAAAUUCAAAAAAGUUUUUUACCAAAACUCAAUCCAAGCGAACGAUUGUACAAUUUGAUGAAUGAUGUUGAGAUACUGGUAAAAUUGAAACAACUACUCCAAGAGAUGAAUGACGUUAUCCAUAAGGAAACCAACCUAAUACCAAACAAAAGUCUCUGGAUUGAAAUGGUGAACGUGGUGAACAGAUUUUUCUUUUGUGUAACUGUCGUCGUCUCAUCGGCUGUCGGCAUGUGGCUGUUGUGUCACUCCCAAAAAUCAGACAUUGACGAUUCUGUCUAA